AUGUCGCACUGCCACGACGAGCACGCCGGCCACGGCCACGAGCACGAGCACGACCACUCGGACGACAUCACGCCGGCGCUGCAGUCGUCGCUGUACGAGCAAAUCAGCUUCGACGACAUCACGACGCUCAACGAGUCGCGCAGAGACGCGGGCAAGGCCGUGGUCAAGAAGACGUGGGCCGAGCGGCUGGACGCCGAGCCCGAGCUGGUCAGCGACGCCGACGAGCAGCUCCUCAUGACGGUGCCCUUCACAGCACAGGUCAAGCUACACUCCAUCCUCCUGCGCACCUCGGCAUCCGCCUCGGCGCCGCGCACGCUGCACCUGUACGUCAACCGCGACGACCUCGACUUUGCCGGCGCCGAGGAGCUCGAGCCCGUGCAGCGGCUGGAGCUGUCGCAGACGUCCGAGGUGCAGGAGGUGCCCGUCAAGCGGGCGCUGUUUGGCAAGGUGCAGCGGCUGGGCCUCUUCUUUGUCGACAACUUUGGCGGCGGCGCCGAGGAGGAGUCGCGCGUCUGCUACGUCGGCUUCCGGGGCGAGUGGACGCGCCUGGGCCGUGCGCCCGAGUCCAUCUUGUACGAGGCGGCGCCGCAGCCGGGCGACCAUCGUGUCAAGGGCGCCAGCGUUAAUCAGAUGGGCAGCGGUAUUGGCGGUGGGGGAGGGCAUGGCAUGUGA